AUGCAAAUUUGCGUUCCAACAGAAUUCUGGACUUUUCACCCUCGCAUUCAAAUACACGGCAGGAUUCAAGCGAUGUUUCACCAAAGUAUUGCAUUCGACCACGAAAUGGCCGACCCGCUUGACGAAGUAGCGGAAUGGUGGCGUUUCCAGACUAGAGAGCUGUGGUUUCUCUAUGAAAAUUAUGCUUGUUGGGCAGACACCUGGCGAGAGCAAAACAAAAUUCUCAUACAACAUCUUCGCCAACAUCAAGAUCGCCUAUGUCCCUACCCCUGGUGCCCUUCCGAGGCCUGGCUUGUUUCCUGGGCUAUUAAAAAUGGGGACCCGCCCAUGCAAGAGUUUCUAAGUUGGUCACUUCACGAAGAAGAACCCAGAGAGGGUCAUGUGACCAUUAAAAUGCUGGAAGAGCAUCUCAAGGUCUGGGCCGACCUUUUCGAAAGUCCAAGAGCAAGCCACUUCAAGGAAGCUGUUGUUGAUGAAGAUACCCCAUUGUUCCGGCAACAGCAACAUGUAGGUGCUCCCUGGAUUGCCCAUCUUUUGGUCUCGCAGAACUUGUACUGGGAGUGGACAUGCAGUCAUUGGAAGAAACUCUGGCGGCAACAUUUACUAUCGAAAGACGCCAUGGAGAUCGACAGUAUGGGAGCAGAACCACUGAUCUUGUACAGUGAUAGACCACAGGUACCGGUCAGUCACAGUCACCCAGUGGAACUCUCCGUCGACUACGAUCAAGGAGCAGAAGCCGUGGUGAACUAUAUGAACAGAAGACAGGGGGGAAUGGUCACGCAUCGUCAUCCUACCCACUCCAAGCACUCGAAGCCUUUCAAGCAUUCCAAGAAGCGUGAGCAUGUCAAACAACCCAAGCAUGCCAAGAACCUCGUUCAACCUCAGCUCGAACGAUUCAAACUCCGCCUCCACGGGAAGAGAAUACGCAGCGGGCGCGCGCAGCGCUGA